GUGCAAUCUGCAACAACUUCGACACAACAUACUCACGAUGGUAGCCACGCGUAAAUCUGCAUCAGCUGUGCCGACGUCGGCAUCAGCUCUUGCGCAAUUACAGCAAGACCACGAGCUCAAAAUCCUUGCGAUUACUGAGCCGUUGAAACCUAAGGACCUUCCCCAAUCCUCAAAGAAGCGUAACUCCGCUGCAUCAGUCGACGAUGAUCAGAAUGUUGACACACAUCCUGCAGCACUGGAAGCAGAUCUGAAGCAUUAUAAGGAGCUUUUCAGCAAGCUACGCUUCUCUUACGUAGAGCAAGUCACGAAAGAAAAGUUUCUACGCAACCUCACCGAAGACCCACCACGGCUUGUCGAGGCUGCAGAAAAUAUCGAGAAGGAGGCCGAUAUUCUUGCGCUGAAGGCGAGCUUGAAGGAGCGUAAACUCGAAGUCGAUGAGAUACUGAAGCAGUUGGAAGAGAAAGGCAAAGAGCUUGCUUUGCGCUACGAUGGCAUGCAGCUGAGGCGACAGCAGCUGGAGACGCUGCCCACCGAAAUCGAGGGUCUUGAAGCCAGCAUUGCGCAAUUGAAGCAGGAUCAGACGCCCACAUCAAGCAAUCCAGAGCUUGGCCUUCCAUUGCGGGAAACAUUGAGGCUACUGAAUGAGCGAGAGGCAGAAUUGGCCGCACUAAAUGCACAAAUCGCACAGCUGCAAUCCUCUCUGCCAACCCGAGCAAAAGAGCUGGAGAAGUUGGAGCGCGAGCUCAAGCCACUGGAGACCCAAAAACAGGGCACUGUCGCAGCAGCAAAGGAGGCAAGGCGGAGAAAAGAGGAGGGCGGCGGAAUCGGCGACGAACUCGAGGAGAAGGGUCGAUGGCUUACGGCAUUUGAGAAAGCGCUGAGGGUUAUGUUGGAAGUGGAGGGUUGAGCGUGGGUCUGCAGAUCGCUUGGAGCCUCUUAGGCAUUGGUGUUUUUCACGGUCAUCUGGAUCUGGAGUCAC